AUGCCGGAAGAAGGAAGAGCUAGAUCACCUUUAAUACGGUCCAUCUCAUCUAAAGAUCUAAGGCGAAAGCCAGGUCGAAAAAGUGCGCCAAGGGAAUUAGAUGAGACAGUUACUUUUGACGUAGGCGAUCGUACAACUGAGGCGGAGGAGCAUCUUCUUCAGGAUUUGGAUAAUAUCCUUCACAGAAAGCUGCACAUAGCAGAUUCCAGCUGUGAAUCUGGAAGUCCAGAGGACUCUCCCAGUUUUAGUGGAAAAAAUGGAAAUAAAAUCGAUGCUACUAAGAGCAAUGAAGAAUCCGGGGAUGAAGAUGAUGCCGAAGAUGAUGACGAAGAUGAAGAGUUCGCCAACGUAGAUGAGAUUGAUGGGCCUAUAUCGCCUUCUUCUAGUAGUGGGAGUCUUAAAGAUUUGGGGCGAAGCUCAAGUAAGAAGAUCAAUCAGGUAGUUGAUAGUCAAGAUCAGAAGAUCGAUUAUAACCUUCCGGUGGACGAUAGCUACCAAAAGCAGCUUGAUAAACGGGCUGAAGAAAUUGCAAAUGGAUUUUACAUUCAUCCAAUAUCAAAAGCAACCCUGAAGUGGACUGUCAAAGACUUUUACUCUUUAUAUGAGGAAAUUCCAGAAUGGUUUUGUGCUCGUGAUUACUGUCACUUACAGAAAGCACGUUCAUGCUUCGAAAAGAGGUUCCAAUCUGAUAAAUUCUUGACGGAUGAGGUUUACGCAAAAUCUUCUGUGCGAAAACUUAUACAAAGCCUGGAGGAAUCUUUUUUUGACGUCAGUGCCCUGUUGUCGCUGUUACACAUAACAAUGGGGUACUCCAAUUCGCACAAGAAGAUAGCGGACCACAUUGCAACAAUCAAGAGGAAUAAUCUCAUCAUACUUCCUUAUUUGUCAACAGUUAUAAAAGCUUUCAAAAAGCAUGCAACAUUCUGCAGAGACAAGAGCUCAAAUCUGAAGCAAUAUACGACAUUGUUGUUUUACUCAAGUACUGUGUUAUUUUUUUCAAUAUGUUGUUGCAUUGAUAGCAAUGGGAAUUCCACAUAUGACAUUUCAAAUGUCAAUUUAAUAUUCGAUGAAAAUCAUAUGCUAACAUUUUUAACAAGCUACAUCGAACACUGGAGAUGGAGCAGCAGAUUGAGCAUGCGAAUAAGAAAUAUAAUUGCUCUACUGCAUAAAGUUAUCCUUUUACAAUUCGGAGACUUGCAAAUGUACAAAAAAACCAAGACUUACGUUUUGAAAAAACAUUCCAUUUCGUUGUCCAAUGACAACCCUAGCAUUUUGAACAUUAGUCCACUUGAUUACCAUGGCUUUCGAGAAGAUGUAACUACUCGAUUUCCAUCCUUCGUUCCGCCUCCCUCAAUCAUUCCAGAGGGAUUUGAUAACUCAAACUCGCUGUCACAGUUUCUCGAAAUUCCUAGACCCAAGUCAAAAAACGCGAUCAAUAUGAAUUUAAGCGUGCCAGAGAUUCAUAUUGCUACACCUGCGCCAUCACCAUCAAGUUCGCCAGUCCCGCAACUUUCUGGAACAAAACUCAGAAAGUCCUUUCAAACAAACAUGGCAUAUCCUACAUUAUAUCCAUCGGAUGAUGAAAAUGCAUCUGACGAUUUGAGCAAAUUGAUGUCUGUGCCCCAAGAUACAGACAAUGAUAACAUUGUUCCUUUUAAUAUUCGUGAAGCAACUGAAAUACUUUCAAAGAGCAUACAUGUUAAACUUUCCACAAAACAGUUGUGGCAUGAACGUGAACUUUUCAUGGCCCAAGAACGUGGUUGGAACAAUAAUGAAACUCUUCCAGACCCUGAAAAAUACAAGAAUUAUACAGACUGCUGUGAAGAGGCAGAAAGGAUGAACCGAAUUGAGAAAUACUACGAGGAAUCCCUUCCGAGUUUAAGUUCUUUGGUUUAUGUACUUCUUCAGACAGUUGAAUCCAAUAUCAAAAACCAAUCAUACAUUUCGUCUGAGGUAUCUAAACUCGAUACAGCUGAUUCUUUGCUCCCACAGUUGGAGGUGACAAGAUCGAAAGAAAUCGUCAUGAACUCUGCGUGUGCAAUAUUGCAUCUUCUUCUGAAAUGGUUCAAGCUAAGCCAUGUUUUAAAAUUUGAACACUUAAGUGUUUUGAUUUAUGACUUCAAAUUCAUCAACAUAUCAACAAACCUGCUUCAUAAUUAUUCCGAAAACUAUAUUGACAGAGUAUUUGAUAAGAUGAUUAAGGUUCCCCAUUCGUUUUGGAGGGAAUGUGGAUCUUAUGCUGAGCCAUACGCUGUUUCUGUUAGUGACAUCCUUCAAGACUCGCAAGAUCCUUUAGACUUGAGAUUUUUGAACACCGAAUAUUACCUGCUUCAAAUUCUCAACAAAACAAUUGGAAGAAAAACUCAAAGAUUGAAGGAGCUUCCAUUAUCCGUAGGAUCUCUCUUCAAAAAGUAUUAUCAGGUCUUUAAUUUGGAUAUCUAUCAUCCAAUUCUAAAACUCAUAAGAGAAUUGACCCCCUUCAAAAACAAAAAGUGGAAGUCAGAUCAUAUGGAGCUCAUAUCUGGAGUCUACUUAUAUGAGAAGUUAAAAUUGACCGAUAAUUGGGUGACAGGGAAGGAUAUUUCUGGAGAAUUAAACGAUGCUUGCGGACAGGAAAUCGCCUUGAGGGCAUUGCUUCAAUUCUACAAUUUCACCCAUUAUAAAGCUUCGAUGGAACACUUUGGCUACCACGACAAAAGUGACACCUCUUUUUUUUCUAAGGAGUCGGAAUUGUUGACAACUUCUUAUUGA